GAAGCCACGACGGACGGUUUCCUGCAGCAUCGCUGUCUGCAAACAAGUUUGAAAUCAGAAAACCUGAAAUAUUUAGCGCAGAGUAAGACGGACUGAUUUAACCGUGCUUAAGUGAGAGUCUGUGAAAAGCUCGCGCUAUGUGAGAGCAAAGACGCUUCACGGGGAGAGAACCAUGGAGAACUAUGUGUUUAUCAGAGUUGUUGGGAAGGGCAGUUAUGGAGAGGUGAAUCUAGUACAACACAAAUCAGACCGAAAACAGUAUGUCAUUAAGAAGCUGAACCUGAGGACGUCUUCUAAACGCGAGCGGCGAGCGGCAGAGCAGGAAGCUCAGCUCCUCUCUCAGCUCAAACACCCCAACAUCGUCACAUACAGGGAAUCAUGGGAAGGGGAGGACUGUCAGCUGUAUAUAGCGAUGGGUUUCUGCGAGGGAGGAGAUCUCUACCACCGCCUCAAGCAGCAGAAAGGGGAGCUGCUGCCUGAGAGGCAGGUGGUGGAGUGGUUUGUCCAAAUCGCAAUGGCUCUCCAGUAUUUGCAUGAGAAACACAUCUUGCAUCGAGAUCUGAAAACCCAGAACAUUUUCCUGACCAAGACCAACAUAAUCAAAGUGGGUGACCUGGGCAUUGCACGUGUGCUGGAGAAUCAGAACGAUAUGGCCAGUACCCUGAUUGGAACGCCUUACUACAUGAGUCCUGAGCUCUUCUCCAACAAGCCUUACAACUACAAGUCGGACGUGUGGGCGCUGGGCUGCUGUGUGUAUGAGAUGGCCACUCUGAAGCACGCCUUCAAUGCCAAAGAUAUGAACUCGCUCGCGUACAGAAUCAUCGAGGGGAAGCUGCCACAGAUGCCGAGUAAGUAUGACCCUCAGCUGGGAGAGCUGAUAAAGCGGAUGCUGUGUAAGAGACCGGAGGACAGACCAGACGUCAAACACAUUCUGCGGCAGCCGUACAUCAAACAGCAAAUUGCUAUCUUUCUGGAGGCCACCAAAGAGAAAACGGCUAAAUCCCGAAAGAAGGCGACGAACAGCAGAUCUCACAGCACUCCUAAUGUGCCAGUUCAGGAGAAUUCUCCUCAGUGUCUCAAUUCUGAGCCAAAAAGCAGAAAAAAGUCAGAGGAAAACAACCGCUAUCAACGCAAUGCUGCAAAAGACAAUAUUUUACCAAACGCACCACUGCCCCAAAAAUCCUCCAGCCAGGACGCUCUUAACUCGACGGGGCAGUCCAUAGCAACCAUCAGCAAUGUAAACAUCGACAUCCAACCCCCGGAGUCCCAGCACAAAAUGAGGAAAGCAAAACCGCCCCGGCCCACGCCCACCCACAGGCAUGCAGGUGAGCCACCUGCGGUGAUCAGGCGAGGAGAGAGAGAGGAGAAGGAGAAAGAAGAUCCGUCCACUCCUCAGACACACCCAAGAAAGCAGGCAUCGGGUGACCACAACAGAGAGGAUGAACGGUUAUCACAUCCAUUCAUAUCGCAAAGCUCGAGUGGACACGCGCCACCGAAACCCACGGACAGACUGAAGCCUUUAAAAGAGAAUAAGGCUCCUAAUGCCAAUAUGGCUUUGGAGGAGGACACUAUGAAACUGCUGCAGCAGGCAGAGAUGGAACGCAUAGCUGCUCCCUGUCAUACGCGACACAGUGCUGAGAUAAAGAUGGAGAACCAGGCCAGCCCAGAGGCCACAGGGGACCACAAAACAGAGGCUGCACUGAGGGACAUUUCUACAGGAGAGAGAAGAACGAGCUUGGAGUCCACAGAUAAACUGCUUGAGCCGUUUGUCCCAGAAGUCCUGAUGGAGCCUCACAGUCUAGAGCCAGCCGCAGCGCACAACACGCCAUCUCUUCAUCCUCCCUCCUCUUCCUCUGAGCCGUCCAUGUCUCGUCAGCGCAGACAGAGAAAGAGAGAGAAGGCUGAAGACAGCACAGAGAAAGCAGCUAACUCCAGGCCUUUGCCUCCUCUACCUGAAGAUGUAAACACGAAGGGCAGAGACAGAGGAGGAGCAGAAACAGCUAAACCCUUUUCGGCAUUCAGCCGGCCUGUACCGAGCAGUGAAGCUGCCCCACAGAAUCGACUUCUGUCAGCCAGAGAAAGAAGAAGACUGAGGCAGUUGCAGGAAAACCAGAGCGAGCAAGCGGCCCCUGCUGUCAGAAGGGCAUCGUGUGAUGUCUCCUCGUUAGGCUCCAAGCACGCCGACCAGCCCGACUGCCCGAGACCUGCCAGCGUAGCCAUGGUAACACACAAGGAGAGGAAGUCCUCCUGGCGGUCAGACGAAGAGGAGUGCAGCUCCUCCACCAGCUCCACAGAGCGCUCAGAGGGAGACUACAGAGAGGGAAAGAGUGAGACCAACGAGAUGCAAGACCUGGUGCAGAUGAUGACACAGACAUUACGAAUGGAUGUCAGAGACAUCUCACAAAGCAACUGCGCCACGCUGCCUGAGUUCAAACUGAACAGGAAAUACAGAGACACGCUGAUGCUUCAUGGGAAGGCCAGCGAAGGAGACAGUGACUUCCACUUCAGUGACUUCCCCUCAGGUGACUCUACAGGACCAGCAAAGAUCAGGAGAGCCAUCGAGCACUUGCGUGCAGAUGUAGUUAAAGGACUUGGUGUGAAACUGCUGGACAAAGUCUUGGACAUCAUGCAGGUGGAGGAUGAAGAGAAGAGAGAGGUCCUGCUCCGCCAGCAGAUGGGGGAGGAGAAGUACAAGAACUACGCUGUUAUGGUGCGACAACUCAAAUUCUUUGAGGACGUCGCCUUUAAAGACUGAACCUGAUGAGCAGCACUCCAUUACAGCACUGAUCAUGCCACCACGUUUGAUGGACAACUUGUGAAAAGUCUUGCCGAGGGCCAGUUAAAGUCUGCUGUGGACAACCACGGUUACAUUUUCUGAUGCCUUUCUAAAUAUGCAUUGAAAAAUGCACAGUGACACUACAUAUGCAGGUCACCUAAAUUACUGUCCGGGUGGGCUACAGUCUAUGUGGUCAUAGUCUUAUUAUUCUACAUUUCUUUUGUGAGCUUUAUUGGAAACUUUAGUCUGCUUUUAGACAGCAAACUUGAAACCAUGAUAGAGAUGUUAAAAGUUUAAACUGUUUUUUUUCUACUGUCUGCAUAAUGUAUAUUAUG